CAUUUUUUUUUUAAACCCUUUCUCUUCUUUCCCCAAAACACUUUAAAAAAAUUUUCCACUUUAGAAAUAAGCAUAAGUGAUAAGAAUAUUUGUAUUAACCUACACAGGAAAAAAAAAAUACUCAUAACACUGGCUUGCUGUAUGUUACACAUGUGCGAUGUGCUUUUGCGAGGCCAGGCGAAGUCUACUGAGAUUGUUUGCAUGGCUUCCCGGGUGAAACUAACAUAUCCGGCGUUAAUGCACCUUGUCGCAAACAUGUAAAAUCACACAUUAGACACUACGACAAGUAUACAAGCACACUUUAUGCAUAUUUUCCCCCUCCUUUUACAUCUGUCUUCAGAUGGUCGGAAAUGAAUUACUUUUAAACAAAUCAGUCUUUUAACUUCAAUGACAAAACAGUAACAAGAAAACAGUGCAUAAACAUGCAGAUUAACUAGACAUUAUUAUUUUUAUUUUUCAAUCAAACAUAGUUACACAAGCUGGUGUUUGCAUCCUACUUCUAUCUGCCCUCCAUUACGAUAACAAUAACAGAAAAGAAGACCAGUGAUAACAGCGUAACAAGGAACACGCAUCGGGUGGAAUGAUGGUUAUGCAACAAGCUGGUGAUAGCGGAAUGACCAGUAAGAUAACAGCUGUCCAACAAAUGUUUUCGUCAUGCUCUGGUGCCCUGGUUACCUCGAUAACAAUGACACCACUAGAUGUUGUAAAAAUUCGGUUACAGAGUCAAAGACAACCCUUGAACCGAGGGCAACAAUUCAUAUACUGCAACGGACUCAUGGAGCACAUGUGUACGUGUACCAAUGGAACUAAUGGUAAACCACUGCCAUGGUUCUCCAAACCAGGACAUUUUUCUGGAACAAUAGAUGCCUUCAUCAAAAUAACACGUACAGAAGGACUCCGUUCUCUAUGGAGUGGUCUUCCCCCAACUCUAGUGAUGGCUGUACCUGCUACAGUUAUAUACUUCACAUCUUAUGAACAGCUAAAGUCAUUUUUAAAACACAAACCCUGGGACCAUAAUGAUCUCUGGAAACCUAUGGUUGCUGGAAUGGUUGCCAGAGUUUGGGCUGCAACUGUGAUAAGUCCUUUGGAACUAGUACGAACCCAACUCCAGUCUUCGAAUUUCAGUUAUUCUAUGAUUGGAGGGUUUAUCAAAAAUGAAGUUUCUCAAAGAGGUCUUGCAUCCUUAUGGCGAGGUCUAGGGCCCACAUUAUUCAGAGAUGUUCCUUUUUCAGGUAUAUACUGGUUUGGUUAUGAAGCAAUCAAGGCAAGAAUUCUGAUGAAAAAUAUGUCCACUGAUAUUGAAUUUCACGAAACUUUAAUAUCAGGAGCCACUGCUGGCUCUAUUGCUGCUAUCUGUACGCUGCCAUUUGAUGUCAUCAAAACACAUCGGCAAAUCACUUUUGGUCUACACUUUCCUGGAUGUCCUGAAACUAAUAUGUCUUCAUCUACAUGGUCUUUGAUAAAACAGCUUUACAGGAGUCAAGGAUUUCAGUCAUUAUUUGCAGGAUUGGUGCCACGCCUUGUGAAAGUUGCUCCUGCUUGUGCAAUAAUGAUUAGUUCUUAUGAGUAUUUCAAGAAAAAAUUUCUUAAGCGGAAUGAAAGAUUGUCUAAAAACUACAAAACUUCCUGAUAAACUAACAUUACCUAAUCAAAAUAUUUUAUAGCAAGAAAGAAAUAAUUUAGAAAAAUUUAACUGCCCCACACUUCAUGGAAAUUUACUCGUCUUUGGGUGCUCCGCAAGUGAAAAAAAAUUGUUAGGAAGAUUUUAAAAUUUGCAUCUUUGAAUUAUUUAUUUUAUAGUAAAAUUAAACCAUCUUUGAAUUUUUUUAAAAAAAUUUUAGUAUUGAAAAAUUUCAGGGUAAAAUUUCAACAUUUCAUGUUUAUUGGAUGGAUUUAAUACUGAUAGGAAAUAUAAAUAAGUUCUCUCUUUUUGCAGUUUGUCUGUAUAAUCAAAGCAAAAAUUUUCCUUCCAAAUACCAACUCUGCUUGUGAUAUAUAUUUGAGGAAUUGUUAAUCAGUGCGUAUUUGAAGGAUGUUUGUGAGUUUCCUUGUCUGCAACUAGACAUCUUUGUAGGUAGAAGACAACUACUUGAAAUUCUUCAUGAACAGCAGACAUGAAAAUUAAGAAAUGCAUUUAAAAUCUUUUUAUGAUGUUAUAAUAACAGAUGAGUUCUUUAAGUUAAGAUUUAUUUCUAUAUAAUUUACAUUACUGAUCUUGGGAAUCAUUUAUCUUCAGGUAGGAGGAAAUUUGGAAAUAGGUGUGAACGCUGAUUGAUGGUCUUUGGGUAUGAUCUGUGAAUAACAGGAAAAUGUUGACAGACAAAUUUUUCUUGGAUAUAGUCUUGUGCAAAUGAGUAUGUAUGAAAUGAGUCUAAUGCUUCAGUAUAGAGUGUAGACUUCAUGUUAAUGUAAUACCUCCUGACCUUGAUGAUAGUAAUUAGCAGUUCCCUUCAGCUUCAAUCAAUCCAUCUUGAUACACAGAAUAUAAUCACUGCACAUACCUCCUAAUGCACUGGCAGCAGGAUAAUCCUAUUUUUAAACUGAUGAUAACGAUCACAUUGAACAGUGUUUUUCAAUAAAGACAAAUAUAUGUUUCUACUAGUAAUCUGUAAAGAUUAUUAUUAUUAUUAUUAUUAUUAUUAUUAUAGUUACGUUAGCAAAUGCUGUUGAAUUUUUGGAUAUUGACUCUUGUGGUUUCUUCAGUAGAAGUUUUAUGUUGAGAUUUGAGUUGAAAUGGCUGAAUAGCAUCAACUGGAAUUGACUUGAGAUGUGAAACUUCUGGGAAGAACUUGGCCAUGGGGACUGUGUCUCAGGCAAAUAUAGUAGAGCAACUUGCAUUCCAUUCAGAAUAUGGUUCCAUGUUGAAAAGCUGUUCUAUUGGAAGUGAUAUGGAUUCGUAGCUUAUACCAUAAAUUUUGUUUUUCUUUUUUCGAAAUUGAACUUUAAACAACCUUAUGUACCCAUCUUGUUUUGAAAGAAAGAAAAAAAAUGUAUUUUUUUAAAUAAGUUCUUGAUAUUAAAACUUC